ACAUUGCAGAAUAGGCUGGUGGAAAGUGUUAGUGGUUGGUGGUUAGGGCCCUUAGGGGUUAGUAGUUAUAGGGGUCAGUGGUUAGCAAAUAAGGUGGGGGAGGAUUCUUCACUAUGUAUUAUAACGAAAGUAAAAUAAUAAACUUAUGAAUUGUACCAAUUUGGAAAUUUGUAUGUAUAUAUAUAUAUACUAUUUAUAGUUGCAGAAAUUGGAAAUAUAGCAAAAAAAAAAACGUAAAAAUCGUCUAUUUAACUUGGACUGUAGCUCUGUAGGUUAUUUAAUUUUUACCGUUUAUUUUGCACCAAGACCGUUUAAAACGAGAAAAAAAGUGGAUAUAAGGUUUUGCAAUGUCAUCCUAUGAAUGAGCACGAUACGAGCACAACCGAAGUUCGAGACUUUGAUUUAAUGGACCUUCUGCGUUUUAUCAUAGGUGGGGGAGAAGAAAACGACUUUGAAGCAUUUGAAACGGAAAAAUUAGCUCCACCUGCCUCAAAAAUCGUUGUGGAAAAUCUAAAACAGCGUACAGUGACAGAAUUGGACCCUUCAGAAAAAUGCCCUGUGUGUUUGGUGCCGUAUUCUGGCACUGUUAUUGAAAUGCCAUGUAAUCAUUCCUUCCAUAAAGACUGUCUACAUCCAUGGUUAAAUAAAACAAACUCUUGCCCUGUAUGUCGGUUCGAGCUGCUCACUGAUGACCCAAAAUAUGAGGAAUAUAAAAAAGAGAAAGAAAGAGAAAAAGAGAGAGAGUAUAGAGUGGAGCAACUUCAUAAUUCAAUGUUUGGAUAAAUUGAUUAUUUUGUAAUAAAUAAAAAAUUUCAAAAAAAAAAUGCAUUUUUGGAAGAAAUCCAAAAGUAUAAUUGACUAAUAAGUAACAACAUACAUAAAACCUGUAUGUUACAGAUAGGGCCAGGGGUAACAUUAAUAAUAGUAUAAUAUGUAUUAGUGUAUACACCCCCACAUUGUUGAUGUCUAUGCAUUAAACAGCCUUUUAUAUUUAUUCCAUUUUUUACUUAAGUGGCACAGCCAGAAAAAAAGUUGUUUUUAACUAAACCCCAACCCCCCUGGCUACACCACUUGAUGCUUAUGUAUUUUAUAUUAAGGCAUUACAUCACUCAAAUAAAGGUAUGGUUUUUAGAAAUAUUCCCAAAUUGCAAGUUGUUAUUUUUUGUUAACAAUAAUUAAAAUCAGUUACGUUAUCCAGUGCAAUGCCAAUGAACUAAGUUUUCCGCAUUAAAAUUCUAUAUAUAUAUAUAUAUAUAUAUAGUACUGCUGUAAUAAAUUUCCCACGUCUAGACCA